CCAAACAGAGGGCGCAGCCCCCAGCCGGGCAGGCCCCACCCGGCGCUUGGGCAGUUAGGAGUCUCGCAGCUCCUUGCUACGCCGCGGACUCAGUGAAGGCCAAAAUACUCGUUCGCCAUGUCGGCUGCAGAGGCGGGGGGUGUUUUCCACAGAGCGCGGGGCAGGACCCUGGACGCCUUUUCCUCAGAAAAGGAAAGGGAAUGGAAAGGCCCAUUCUACUUCAUCCAAGGUGCAGACCCCCAGUUUGGACUGAUGAAGGCCUGGGCCACAGGAGACUGUGACAACGGUGGUGAUGAGUGGGAACAGGAGAUCCGUCUGGCUGAGCAAGCAGUCCAGGCUAUCAACAAACUGAACCCCAAGCCCAAAUUCUUUGUUCUGUGCGGGGACCUCAUCCACGCCAUGCCAGGCAGGCCCUGGCGGAAGGAGCAGACAGAGGACCUGCAGCGGGUGCUCAGGACCGUGGACAGCGACAUCCCGCUGGUGCUGGUCAGCGGCAACCACGACGUGGGCAACGUCCCCACCCCCGAGACCAUCGCGGAGUUCCAGCGGACUUGGGGAGACGACUACUUCAGCUUCUGGGUCGGGGGUGUCCUGUUCCUCGUUCUCAACUCCCAGUUCCUGUACGAUGCGUCCAGGUGCCCCGCCCUGAAGCAGGAGCACGACCGCUGGCUGGAGCAGCAGCUGCGCACCGCGGGGCAGCGCGCCUGCCGGCACGCCGUGGUCUUCCAGCACAUCCCGCUCUUCCUGCAGACCAUCGGCGAGGACGACGACUACUUCAACCUCACCAAGUCCGUGCGCAAGGAGAUGGCAGACAAGUUCGUGGAGGCAGGUGUCAAGGCUGUCUUCUCCGGCCACUACCACAGGAACGCUGGGGGCACCUACCGGAACCUCGACAUGGUGGUGUCAUCCGCCAUCGGGUGCCAGCUGGGCAAAGAUGCCCAUGGGCUCCGAGUCGUGGUGGUCACCGCUGAGAAAAUCGUCCACCGGUACUACAGCCUAGAUGAGCUGAGUGAGAAGGGGAUAGAAGACGAUCUGAUGAAUCUGUUGAAGGAAAACUAAUCGCUGAUUACGAUUGAUUUACUUUUCACUUCUACUGUUUUUUUUUUUUUUCAUUUUGUUAGAAACAGUAGCUGCAUACAACCCGUUAUUGAAAUUUAAAAAAAAAAGUGUUCCAGGCAGAUUUGUGAAUUUAUGUCCUUCUGCUUAAAGGACUGGGUCCUGCCCUAAAUGAUACUCAAAUGGAACUGCCCUCCCUUUUUAAAAGAGAGGAGGGAGGAGCCUGAGAAUGAAAGAAUAAAUGAUGUUAUUAAAAUAUCCCUGCAUGGGUGAUUAAAUACGUUCUCUUAAUGAUGUGUUUCUCACCUCUGCUCUUCAUUAGAUGGUUUCUGGCAGCCUUUGGUAAAUGUCUACCUAUCAACUUCAGUCACACCUUGACAUCCAAGUGUGAUCUCUGAUGAUCCUUUGAGCAAACUGCAUCUGAUUAUAAUAAACUGUGGUCAGGACUCCCAAAAUGUUAAGCAAAAUGAAGGUCAUCUCCUUUCCUUCCUAACAAAACAAAUCACCAUGUCCCAUUACUAGAGCCGCAGACUCAUCUUAAUAAGCUGAGCCGCUGACAUUUGCUGUUAAAGUCUGGGACCAGUGAUGAAGGUGAUGCAGGUCAAGUGUUGAGUUUACCUUCUUGGCAGCUAGAAGAGUCACCUUUGCACCUACGUGUGCUCAGUCGCUUAGUCAUGUCUCUUUGCGACCCCAUGGACCAUAGCCUCCAAGCUCCCCUGUCCAUGGAAUUUUCCAAGCAAGAACCACCUGGGAAGCCAUAAAUUGUCCAUAUUUGAAAACCUCAUCCCAGAGACUAGAACCAAGCCCUUGAAGGUCCAUCUCUGCAGUCAAGGGCGGCACACCUGAUUCCCUCUCAUUCAUUGCUGCAACAACUCCUCCACGUGUGGGCAUUCUCCUGUGAUGGAAAUCAUCCUCUGUUUAUGAGACCCUUAGCUCUGCUUUCACAGAAGACAUGGGAACUGAGGCAGAGUUCCCCAGAGACCAAGCAUGAAUUACUCCGGGGCAAAAACAGCGCUUUCGGCUACGUUAUCUAAAUUGGCACCAACUUUGAUUAAAUGCGCUUGCUGGUGCCUUGAUCAAGGAGCAUGGAUGGGUUAAAAUCAACAUUGUCUUUGUUUAAUCUACCUCACUGCUUCUCCACUGCUCCUGACCACUGCAUUAGUUCAUCCACAUCUUUUUUAGCAGAUGUCCUGGUGGACCAGGAACCUGGGUACUCACCAUCCUGCCAGGAAAACUCCACAGCGUUACGCAGUAGCAUUCAGUCAUCCUAAAAAA